GCGGCUGAAGAAUGCCACGGGAACAAAAGCCACAUCAACAGAGCAGGGACCAGGGAAUACUAAAGAGUUGACAGGAAUUUUAAUAUAAAACUCUCUCUCCUCCUUGUCACUUGGGGUUUUCAGGAAGCCCUCUGGCUUAUCGUAAAGCGGCAUACAGCGCAGACAGGGGCCGGGAAGGUGAAAGGUGGCUUCCUGCCAUUCUUCUCUGGAGCUGGGUUCCCAUGGGCGGUCAUGCCAGUUUGACUGGGGUUUGUUUCUCACUGGUGCAAGACGAGGAGACCGGGAGCACGGCUGCUUCGGGACGCUGCGUUUUCAUGGGCUGACGGCGAGGUUGGGGGCUGCAGCCAUGAACCGCUUCAAUGGACUCUGCAAGGUGUGCUCGGAGCGGAGAUACCGGCAGAUCACAAUCCCUAGAGGAAGUGAUGGGUUUGGCUUCACGAUCUGCUGUGAUUCCCCAGUCCGUGUGCAGGCAGUGGACUCUGGUGGCCCUGCAGAAAAAGCUGGUCUGCAGCAGCUUGACACAGUGCUGCAGCUGAAUGAGCGGCCUGUGGAGCACUGGAAGUGUGUGGAGCUGGCACAUGAAAUCCGGAACUGUCCCACAGAGAUCAUCCUGCUGGUCUGGAGGCUCGUCCCACAGGUCAAGUCUGGACCUGAUGGCAUGAUCCGCCGUUCAUCUUGCAAGUCUGCCUACGACCUGCAGUCCCCUCCAAACAAGCGGGAGAAAAACAGCACUGUGCCCCCGUGGCCUGAGCAGCGACGGAGCUGCCAUGUCCUGUAUGAUGGGAGUGAUGGGUUAAUGCUGAACAGCUGGGAGAGGUACACAGAGAUCGGCAAGCGCGGCCAGAACACCAUGCCCCCUCUGUCCCAUGUGCCCUCUGCUGCUGACCAGAACUACAUCAUCCUUGCACCUCUGAACCCAGGGAGCCAGCUGCUGAGGCCUGUGUACCAGGAGAACAAUGCUACUGAGGGAAAUGGAUGCAAAGGGAAGUCACACACAGGGUCUGGGAGAAAAUCCAGGCUGAUGAAGACUGUGCAGACAAUGAAGAGCUAUGGGAACUACCAGAACUGCACUAUAGUGAGGCCACACAUCCCACACUCCAGCUAUGGCACAUACGUGACACUGGCUCCCAAAGUGCUGGUGUUCCCCAUCUUUGUGCAGCCCUUAGAUCUCUGUAACCCAGCCCGGACUCUGCUUCUGUCGGAGGAGCUGCUGCUUCACGAGAGCAGAAGCAGGACUAUCCAGGUGACUCUCUUCGUCUACUCUGACCUGCUGCUCUUCACCAAGGAGGACGAGCCUGGAUGUUGCAAUGUACUGAGGAACCCUCUCUACCUGCAGAGUGUCAAGCUCCAGGAGGGUUCGGAAGAUAGGAAAUUCUGCAUCCUGUACCUUGCAGAGAAGUCGGAGUGCUUAUUAAGUUUGGAGGCUUACUCCCAGGAGCAGAAGAAGAGGAUCUGCUGGUGUCUGGCUGAGAACAUCACCAAGCAGCAACAUCCGGCAUCGACUCCCACAGAGAGCAAGAUGCAGGAGACGGACGCCGAGAAUCCUGGGCAGAUGCACUUGGAGGACAGGAGGGCGGCUGCAGGCGAUGCUCCUCCGGCCACAGAGGUGCCGGCUCCAUCCGAGGCUCCAGCAGCUGCCCAGGGGCCUCUCCUGGCCAAAAAGCAGCCAGCGGCCGCUGAGAAAAGUGAAGAGCAGCCCAGCUCUGUGCCGGCCUUCGUCAUCCCCGAGCUGCGCCUCGACAGCUCCUUCAGCAUGGUGGGCACAGCUGGUGGCACCGCAGAUGGUGAAGAUGAGGAGGAUGAAGAUGAGGAUGACGAAGAAGAGGACAAUGAGGAUGAAGAGGAUGACAGUGACGAGAACUACCUGGAGCAGAGCGAGGCAAAGCGCAGCAGCAUGAUUGAGACAUCAGGCUGCCAGCCUGCGUACACACUGAGCGUGCAGAGCUCCCUGCGGCGCCGCACACACAGCGAGGGCAGCCUGCUGCAGGAGGCCAAGGGGCACUGCUUCACCUCCGACACCACGCUCAACUGCUCAGAUAGCCAGGGCAGCACGGGGCACUGGGCUCUGCCUUCCCCCAGGACUCUCAAGAAGGAGCUCACCAAGAAUGGAGGCUCCAUCCACCAGCUCAGCCUGCUCUUCUCGGGGCACAGGAAGCUGAGUGGAGGCGACCCCGAAUGCAGCUGUGAUGAAGGGGAUGAGACCUCCCGCAAGAAGAGGAGCAGGAGCCUAGCCAAGGAUAUGAAGAACCGGCUGGGGAUUUUCCGGCGGAGGAACGAGUCUCCGGGAGCCAACCCCUCUGGCAAGCUGGACAAAGUGCUCAAGUCGCUCAAGCCUGCACCUGAGGAAGCUCUCAAGUGGGGGGAGUCCCUGGAGAAGCUGCUGCUGCACAAAUAUGGGCUCGCAGCCUUCAGGGCCUUCCUGCGCACUGAGUUCAGUGAGGAGAACCUGGAGUUCUGGCUGGCAUGCGAGGAGUACAAAAAGAUCAAAUCCCAGUCCAAGAUGGUCUCCAAGGCCAAGAAGAUCUUUGCGGAGUACAUCGCCAUCCAGUCCUGCAAGGAGGUGAACCUGGAUUCCUACACACGGGAGCACACCAAGGAGAACCUGCAGAACAUCACCCGCGGCUGCUUCGACCUCGCGCAGAAGAGGAUUUAUGGGCUGAUGGAGAAGGACUCGUACCCCCGCUUCCUCCGCUCUGACUUGUACUUGGACAUCGUCCACCAGAAGAAAGCCAGCUCCCCGCUGUAGGGCAACGGGGCAGACUGGGAGCUGCGUGUUUACAUGGAACCUGCGGUGGGGACCUCGCUGCAGCCGGCUGUGCCCCCCAGGUGUGGGGCUGUGGGGGCACCGGUGCCAAGCAGGCUGGUACUGCUCCAUCGCCCCGUCCUGCCAUCGCUGGUACGACGCCGUGGGGCGGAUGUCAGCCAGGAGGGGAGCUCCCGCAUGACUACUGUGAACCUGAGCUGCAAGCGUGGCUGGAUGGCGACGCUUGAUCCCGACCCAGCAUGGAGGAGGAAGGCUUUUACGCAGGGCUCUGCUUUUCCCCAGGCAGCACCGAUGUGGGCGUCAUCUCUGGACAAAGGACUCCUGACCCAACCCAGCCCCGCGGUGCUGCUGCGCAUCUCUGCCCCAAGGCAGCCAUCCCGCAGGAGCUUCUCGCUCCCCUCAUUCCUGGUUUAUUUAUUGACCUCCUCUCACUGGACGCAUCGCUGUGUUAUAGGAAACCCUCGUUCCCAAUUUACAAGUGCAAUAGUUGUGCGUGUCGCGGCGGAGUUCUCCCGUGGAGUGGAUGCCUUCUCUUUUACGAGUGCGUGCAACAUUUUCUAAGUUUGCAGGUUUUAUCUGACAAAGAAAAGGAAAAAAAAAAAAACCAACAAACUGAUAACGUGUUCCCUAGCAGCGCUGGGGGAGCCUGGGUGUACAUAUCCUGCCCUGACGACGGAGGGCUUGCUGAUGGAGAUGAGCAGCUCUGGGAAUCGGUGCUCUCCCUACUCUGGAUCACAACACUGCGUUUGGAGACGCGGGGCUGUUGCUGAACGCGGCGGAGCCGGAUGGACUGCAUGCGUCCGGGCGCCCAGUUUACAGUGCGAAGCAUCUCUGCAGCUAGCAAAAAUACAUUGUCAUGGUCAUAGGUAAAUAAAAGGAGAAUGUAAUUUCUUGUA